AAAACAUAGAAUCAAGGUACAUAAUAUGUCUCAAGAGCCAUUUAAAUACAUUGUUUUAAUGUAUCAGGAGAUAAAUACAGUAAGUCAUCAUUUUGUCAUAGUUUAUACAUUUAGAAAAUACUUGUUGCUUUAGAUAGAUAAGAACUUUAUUGUCUAUUUUUGCUUUAAACAAACUCAAAUGUAAUCAUUUAUUUUUCCGGUUCAAACAAUAAAACAUGAAAUCCAGUUGUGCUGUUUUAGGAUUGUGUCAUUUAAGGUAAAGUUGUCACCAAAAAAAAUCAUUUUGUUUUUAACAAAACUGAUUCAUCUCAGAUCAAGGAAUGAUGAUAAAAGAUAAAUAUAUCUAUUUUACAGACACAGUGAGGUGAAAUGAUCAAGUACAGUAGUGUGUUUAGAUUAUAUACUAAAUAAAACACACAGUAAGUGUAGAGAGUAAACGCACCUAGUAUGUUGUUGUAACAUGAGACGAGCCUGUUGAAAAUGAGUCAGCUAAACCCGGCAGGCCUUGAGCCCAGCACAGACGCACACACUGGGCGUUUGUUUGUGUGUCUCCGAGUGUGUAUCUGUGUGUGUUUGGGUGUGUUUGUGUUUGUCUGUGUGUGUGUGUGUGUGACAGAUUCCUGUGGACUCCACCCUGCUGCACUUCACUGUUCCAGGAAAAGCUCCUCUCUCUCUCUCUCUCUCUCUCUCUCUCUCUCUCUCUCUCUCUCUGCUGCUUCACAUCCACAGCUCACCACCCAGCAGCACACACACAUGAGGACGGACUGACAGGCUGCUGAACAAGUUCAACCUUGUACCCGGACUCUGCUGCACUUUAGAGGGUUUUCUGUACACGGAGAGAGGGCGUGACUGAGAGCGGAAAAAAAAACCAAAAAAAAAAACCCUCUCAGCCUCAUUUUGACGCACGGAAUAAAGACGAGCAGGUUUCCUCCGACGUCGCUGUCUCUUAAAUCGGUGACAUGUCCAGGUCAGACUACCCUCCAGGGUAUGACGACUCCAGGGGCCCGCUGUACCCGCCUCAGGGUGGGAAUUACCCAGCACCCCCUGCGUAUGGCUUCCCAUCCUAUGGUGGUCCGCAGCCAGGUCAGCCCCCUGCUCCCUACCCCACCGGUCCAAACACCCCCCUGUACCCAGGCCAGCCUGGAGGCUAUGCUCCUGGCCCAUAUCAAGGACAGCCUCACCCUGCUGGGCACCCAGGGGGGCGCUACCCCAACCCCCCGCCUAUGCCCCCUGUCAUGCCACCCACCAUCCCAUCAGACAUCCUGAGCUCUGGUGAUGAUUUUGCGGCGAGCGAUGGCGGUUGGGACAGUAUGAGCAUUCGACACGCCUUCAUCAGGAAGGUGUACAUGAUUUUGGCGGCUCAGCUCCUCCUCACCACAUCCAUCGUGGCAGUAUUCACAUUUGUCGAGCCUGUCCGAUAUUUCGUACAGAGAAACCAAGCCAUCUACUGGGCGUCAUAUGCUGUGUACUUCAUUACCCACAUGGUGCUGGUCUGCUGUAAGGGCCCCCGGAGGAAGUUUCCAUGGAACGUCAUUCUGCUGCUCAUCUUUACUUUGGCUUUGUCCUACAUGACUGGAAGCAUUUCUAGUUUUUACGACACAAAGGCAGUGUUUCUCGCUCUGGGCAUCACUGCUGUCGUCUGCAUCGCUGUCACCGUCUUCUGCUUCCAGACAAAGGUGGAUUUCACAAAGUGCCAGGGCUUUUUCUGUGUGCUCGGGAUCGUAGUUUUUGUGACGGGCAUCAUUACAACCAUCGUGCUUUCCUUCAAUAUAUGCUGUGGCUUCACAUGCUGUAUGCAGCAAUAGGAGCCAUAGCCUUCACCAUGUUCCUAGCGUACCACACACAGCUGCUGAUAGGAAACAGGAAGCACUCUAUCAGUCCGGAGGAGUACGUCUUCGCCGCCCUCUCCAUCUACGUCGACAUCGUCCAGAUCUUCAUCUUCCUGCUUCAAAUUAUCGGUUCUUCGACCAAAUAAGUCUACCAAAGACACAAUGACCAACUGCGGUCGACCGGGUGCAGAAUCAUUACCUUUAAAAAAAAAAAUGAAAAAAAAAAAAAAGCUUUGCUUUGUUGUGGAUAA